CACAGGUUUAAGCCUUUUUCUCUCUCUCCCCCUCUCUGUCUUCCCCAAUAUCCCCUUCUCUCUCAUAAAAUAAUCAGAAAAUCAAAAUAUUUUCGCCAAUUUAUUGAGUUUUUUCCUCUGAACAGGAGAGAGAAACAGGAGAAGAAAUCAACUAAACAAAAAAAAAAAUAGAGAGAAAAUAAAAGCUUGAGGUUCGAGAUCUUUCUCAGAUCCGAGCUCCAUAGCGAGAUGAUUCUGGGAAAGCAAAGAAGUGUAAUGGGAAGAGAAGUUACAGGCGUACGUAUAGAGCAAAAUAAGUCCCCUUUUGCCAGGGUUCAGCCAAAAGUUUCUGCCGAUUCAGACCAAGAGGAAAAUCCUAAAUCACCUGAAGGCAACACUGAAUUAAAGGACUGUGAGGUGAAGGAAUGCACCUCAGAGGUCCCGCGUGCUGAAAAGAAUUGUGAAAAACAAGAGGUUUUGGCCAAUAAGAGCGCCAAUCUCGAUACUGAAAAGCUUGAGAUGAAAUCUCCUAUAGCUGUGGAUCAGAAAUUGAGCUCCACUGAUAAAGCCACAGGAGCAGUAGCUGCUGGAAACUUUCGGAUGAAGAACACUCCUCAGAAACCUACUAAUGUUGAUAAGCAAGUAUGGGAGAGUCCCAAAGCAGUUGAAACUCCUGUUUCUCCAUCUCCUAGCAAUUCAAAGUCUCCUAGUUCCUCCCGAAAAUCACAGCCGACUACCCCGUUUUUAGGAAGGAAACCAUUUGACGAUGAAGACAAUUGGUCCGUGGCAUCUUCAGCAAGGACUACAAGAUCCAGAACUACUGUCGGUGUAGCUCCUACUUUCACCUGUACUGAACGUUUGGAGAAACGAAGAGAGUACUACGCAAAAUUGGAGGAGAAACGCAAAGCUUUAGAGGCAGAGAAACUGGAGUAUGAAGCUAGGACUAAGGAAGAUGAAGAAGCAGCUGUAAAGCAGCUUAGGAAAAACAUGAUGUUCAGGGCUAAUCCAGUUCCCAAUUUCUACUAUGAGAAGCCUCCACCCAAGAGAGAGCUUAAGAAGCUUCCUACAACUCGUGCUGUAUCACCUAAAUUUGGACGCAGAAAGAGCUGCAGUGAUGCAUUUAGCUCACCUUCCGAGGAUAAAAGUAAUUUACGGGCAUCAAGGCGCAGCUUAGGCAGCCAAAGAGAAAGUUCGACCCCGAUUAGCUCCAGCCUCAAGAAGAAGGAUCCGCUUGUUAAGAGUCGGUUGAAGCAGGUGAAGGAGACCACCAAAAUAACUUCUAAGAUGACAGAGAAGAGCAACCCAGAUAUUGCUGUUCUUUCUUGAUGGUCAAUGGUCAGUAGGCUUACUUGUGGUAACGUACGUGUGGGUCGAGAUUUUGGAAUUUCUUGACUUUUUAGCAUUUUUGUUCCUUUUUUUUGUGCUCUUAUUCCUGAAGAAAGGUACCAGGAAGGGAGAUAUGGAAAAGAAAACAACCUUCGGAAGGGAAAAGAAAAUGACCUUUCUCCAGUCCUUUUCUUUCAACCUUGAUUAUUUUCUGACUGACUCGUUUCCAGUGUUUCUUUUUUCUUUUGAGUGACAUGUGUUGUAUAUCUCUGUAACUUAUAUUAGUACAUAAUGUAUACCAUUAAAGAGUCAUCAAGUCCUUGUGAUUGUUGGAUUAAUGGGGAUGUGAUCUAACUAUUUGUUAACACAGAUUUAUUGGUUUGA